AUGAUCAAUCGCCUUAUUCGGAUACUUCGCCGACUGCUCCGUUCUCGCACCACCCGGUUUCUCCUGCUGACAAUCGCAAUAUGGAAUAUAGCCGAAGUUCUGUUAAUUCGUCAUCGAUUGUAUAACGCCGAUAAUGCUCAGCCGGACCUUUCAAGGAGACAUGAACGCAUUUACAUCGCCAGUAUCCACUGGAACAAUGGACCGGUCCUUCGAGAUCAUUGGAACGAUGCUGUGGUCAAGCUAGCGGAGACAAUAGGCCCAGAGAAUAUCUUUGUUAGUAUCUUUGAGAGCGGAAGCUGGGAUGACUCCAAGGCCGCUCUUUUCGAGCUAGACAGUGCGCUAGAUCGCAUUGGUGUACGCCGGAACAUCACGGUUUCAGAUGUAACACAUGCAGACGAAAUAGCCGCGCCCCCAGCGGAGCAUGGCUGGAUUGACACGCCGCGAGGACGGAAAGAAUUGCGACGCAUCCCAUAUCUUUCUCGGUUGCGGAAUGUAUCAUUGCAACCGAUGUAUGACCUCUUACGUGAAGGGGUGACGUUCGAUCGUAUAUUGUUCUUGAAUGAUGUGGUAUUCACAACCGACGAUGUGAUGACACUGUUAAACACCAACCACGGUGAGUAUGCGGCGGCAUGCUCGCUGGAUUUUUCAAAGCCGCCACGCUAUUAUGACACCUUUGCAUUGCGAGACUCUGAUGGCCACAAGCACGUGAUGCAAACAUGGCCAUAUUUCCGAUCAUCAAAAUCUCGUGCCGCGAUGAAAAGCAUGUCGCCUGUCCCCGUGAAGAGUUGCUGGAAUGGCAUGGUUGCCAUGCCCGUGGGUCCAUUUGUUUCCGAUCCCCCUCUGGAAUUUCGGGGCGUCCCAGAUAAUCUUGCCGCUUCUCACGUGGAGGGUUCCGAAUGCUGCCUGGUACAUGCGGAUAACCCACUCUCGAAGAAGAAAGGUGUCUAUCUCAAUCCUAAAGUACGUGUUGGCUACAGUGGCCCCGCGUAUUCCGCCGUCAACCCAGCACAACGAUGGCUCUCUCCUCGGGAAAUCUUUCUGUCUGGGUGGGAGAACCGUUUCCGGCGCCUGUUUACAACGCCUAGAUUUGAAGACUGGGCAAUACAACGAAUCGUUUCAAAGUGGAAGUCGCAAGACAAGAGACAUGAGGAGCCAGGCGAGUUUUGCUUAAUUAACGAAAUGCAGGUUUUGGUCUGGAAUGGUUGGGCUCAUGUAUGA